CUAGAUGAAAAUGGUAAGGACCAGGGCAUUAAUGUACGGCAGAAGGUUAAAGAAAUGGUAGAGUUUGUUCAGGAUGAUGACCGGUUACGUGAGGAGAGGAAGAAAGCCAAGAAGAAUAAAGACAAAUACAUUGGAGUAUCUUCUGACAGCAUGGGAGGCUUCAAACAGAGUAACUCGGGAGAACAGUUUGACUCCGAAUCUAAAAGCAAAUGGGACGAGGACUGGGACAAAAACAAGAGCAGCUUCCCAUUCAGUGAAAAACUUGGGGAGAUAAGUGACAAAAUUGGAAGCACCAUUGAUGACACCAUCAACAAAUUCCGCAAGAAGGAGAGGGAUGACUCGCCAGAUCGUAUCAGUGACAAUGAGGAGGACAGAGUUUCAAAGAACGGUCGUCCUGCAAAGUCGGAGUUUAAGGAUGACGAGGAGACCGUAACAACCAAGAACGUCCAGAUCACACAGACCACAGAUGCAAUCACCUCCACCACCACUACCACCACCUCUACACGCAAACGCGGCGGAGUCCCGUCCAAAACGGUCGACCUGGGCGCAGCCGCUCAUUACACUGGCAGCAAAAGCAGUCCAGAUGCUGACAACAACCAGACAUCAGUGAGUCAGUCAUCCAGCACAGGGCUUGCAGAUCUGUUGAUGGUGGACUCUGGCUCUGGUCAACCAGUGUCUUCAGGUGGAAACUCCGAUCUGAUUGGUGACUUUGCCGACUUCUCCUCACCUGCUGCCUCUGUCAGUCUCCCGUCAGCUGCUGGUUCGCUGUCUACUGGUAACGGUGACUUUGGUGACUGGAACGCCUUCUCCUCCACCAGUCCUCCUGCUGUCACUGCUCCGUCUGCCAUCCCAGAUCUGUUCAGUGACGUGCCCACAUCCACCCACCCGCCUUCCGCUGACCUCUUUGACCUGAUGACCCCCAACAACAGCAGCCUCAGCGCAUCCCAAAGCAUGACCUUCAACAUGUGCCCGCAGAACGCAACCACGCCUCUGUCCAGAUCACAGACAAUAGGCGGCCCGUUAUUGCCUCAGCAGAUGGGACUACAAAAGUCAGGUGGGAAGGUAUCAAUGCCUCCCACCUGGUCAGACCCAAGCGUGAACAUCAGCCUGGAUUUCCUGUCUGCAGGCCUGAACCCUUCCAAACCCACACAGCCCACACUCAACACCAUGAUGCAGCAAGGUGUCCAGCCACCAUUGAACACGGUCGCCCAGAAUUUCGCCGGAAUGACACUGAAUGCCCAGCCCUCGGCGGCCGCUCCCAGACCGCGAGUGAACCCCAUGAUGGCCGGGGGGACCAUGGGCAUGGGAAUGCCUCCUACUAUGGCGACGGGCACCAUGGGAAUAGGCUCUGUGGGUAUCGGAGGAAUGCCUAUCAAUCAAGGACUCGUGGGCAUGAAUAUGAUGCCCGCUGGAAUAGGCCUGCAAGGUGCCCUGGGCACGCCCAGCAUGGGGAUUGGCCAGGGCAUGAACCCCGCCAUGGUGCAACCUAAACAAGAUGCCUUUGCAAACUUUGGCAACUUUGGGAAAUGAAGGGUGAAUCACUCCAAGAGGGUUAACGGUCCAAAUACACCUCAAUAGAAGGAGCCUGCAUCCAGUAAAAUGGACAAAACUGACAAAACUAGCCCGUGUCAUGACUCUUCAAUCAUUUGUCCUUAAUCGUUAACAGAUACAGAGAGACACACACACACAAGAAUCUGCUUUUCUUUCAUGUGGGGUUGAUAAUCAAAGGGUGGGUUUUUUUGUAAAUGGUGCAAAGCAUAUUAUAUACUUUUAAAGAAAAAAGACGACUGUGCAGUUUGGUACAUUUUUCUCUCACAACAGAAACAUAAGACACUUUUUCUUUUUUUUUCAUCACGGCCCUGUUCACUUUUCAAAUACGACUGAUUUCAGAAAUUACCUCAUAAUUUGCAUUAUUCAUGCUGUGAUUUAAAGGCCUCAAAGGGUUGAUUUGUAAAUAUGUUGGUGUGCAAAAAAUAAAUGAUUUUACUCACUUCUCAGACGGUAUAAGAUAGAACAGUUUACCACAGGUCCUUAAUAUUUACUCAUGUUUUUGUUUUCGGUUUGAAUCGUUACAGUUUGUCAGAUAUACAGUCACUCCUUAUAUUCCGUUAUCACUCCAGCACCUGUUAUUUAGAUGAAUAUGGUCAACUUUUUUCUUCUUUUU